CCCGAACAUAUUAAUGAGGGCAAUGUAUAAGUAUGCCCCAAUCCCUUCAGAUAUUCAAGAGGCAUCGAAUUCCCUUUUAGUUCUCCCCCACCUACAACAAAGGCCCAGUGGAGGUAUGGCUACCGUUACCGCUCGAGACAUUGACCUUCAUUCGGCACAGAUUUCUGGUGGUGUGCACAUAAGACAGGCACAUUCGACGGACUCUUCUUCCGACAUCUCGGCAACAAAUAUCGCUGAGAAGGUUUCCGGAAAGGCUAUCAAGGAUUCUGUAUCCGAAGUAUAUGCUUCCGCACCUCCUCUUGGAGUUCCUGGAAAAGAAAAGCGUUUCUGGUUUCAACGCGACAAAACUUAUGAACCCAAUGCCAUCGCAACCCAGCCUUCUGUAUUCGAUGAUCCUCUAACCGUAAAGGAAUAUUGGCCUCCUUCAACAUGGGAAAAUAUACAUCGCUUUGACCCCCUUGCUCGGUGGACUUGGGGCGAAGAGCAUAAGUUGAUUCGAAAGAUUGAUUUGAAGAUUACGGUAAGCCCGACGCCUUAGCCGAAUACACCAUGUAUGGAGAGUACUCUCUUACGUAUACAGGUUUGGGCAUGUGUUAUGUUCAUGGCUCUUGAACUUGAUCGCGCAAACAUCAACCAAGCCUUGACAGAUAACUUCUUGAAGGAUCUUCAUAUGAAUACAAAUGGUAUGCAGCAUCACUUUGUUCUGCUUUUCAUUUACUGUGAGAUAGAAACAGAAUUUGACCUGGGGUAUUGUAGAUUACAACUUAGGAAACACAGUCUUCAAGCUGGCGUUCUUGUGCUCUGAAUUACCAUCUCAGCUUGUGUCAAAAUGGGUAAGUGGGCUCGUUUUCGUCUCUUCUUUCAUUAAACCAACUUUUCUCUCGUUCUCGGUUUUCGCUCCAGAGAGUCAACGUAUUCGUCAAAGGGGUAGAAGAUAUUCACGUUGGGAGCCACUGUCUAUUGUGUGUUGUUUGACGCAUUCGGAAUGAGUAGAGCGAUGCAAAGCAGUGGGUACUUUGUUAACCCUACUUGUUUGGGACUUAACAGGUUAUCCUAUCUAGCCGAUGCACUUCAACUGUAUCAGGGCUACAUAAAAAUCCACUAUAAGAGCCUUCUUAAGUCCUCAUUUAGAGCUUUCUCAUGUAAAGAAAGGAUAAGUUGCCAAACGAGUAGUACUCGCGUAAUUGUGGAUGACAUUUCCACGAUUUACUCAUCUAAGCAUCUCUUUUUCUGAAACUUUUGUUUUGAAACUCUCUCUUUUUCAUCGCAAUUUAAGUGCUCGUCUUGACGUUUUGGCAUCAAGCCCGAAUAAAAAGAACCAACAUAUUGUGUCUCUUUAUGCUAAAAACAAAGUAAGCUGAUUUUCGGUGGUUAUAGGUUGGUCCAGAUCGCUGGAUACCAGCUCAAAUGACUCUCUGGAGCGUUGUCGCUUGCUCCCAAUUCUUUCUGACGGAACGACAAGGCUUCUUGGUUUGUAGAGCGCUCCUUGGUAUACUCCAGGGAGGUUUUAUUCCUGAUGUGAGUUGCCGAGUUGACCCUCUUACUACCCUGCAUCAUCAAUAACUGAGGUUCUAUUCUAGAUUAUCUUGUACCUUUCUUACUUCUACAAACACCAUGAACUCUCAUUACGCUUGGGAUUCUUUUGGACGGCCAUGUCUCUAGCGGAUAUCCUCGCAGCCUUUUUGGCCGUUGGACUCUUAAGUAUGAGAGGGGUACAUGGUUACGCUGGGUGGCGCUGGCUAUUCAUGAUAGAGGUAUGGAGAACUUCUCGUUUAUUUUUGAAAGGGGAUAUUGAAAUCGAUUGACGCAGGGACUGCUGACUUUGGUUCUUGGGAUCGCCGCAUUUGUGCUCAUGCCGGCAAGUCCUACCCAAACUGCAAGUAAACUUCGAGGAAAAAAUGGUUGGUUCACGGAACGGUACGUAUUCAAUCACAACGGUACCAAAUGUUUCAACUAACCCUUGUUGUGCUAUAGCGAGGAAAUCAUCAUCGUCAACCGGGUCAUUCGAGAGGACCCAAGCAAGUCAGAAAUGCACAACCGACAACCAAUUACCCCCAAAUUACUAUUUAAAGGCAUGUAUGAUUAUGAUAUGUGGCCACUCUACAUCCUCGGUCUUAUGUUCCAGCUUCCUGAAUCGACCCCCCAACAGUAUAUGACCCUGACACUAAGAGGAUUGGGAUUCGAUACUUUCAAAUCAAAUCUUUUAGUCAUUCCAUAUACAGUGAUGAAAACGAUAAGUAAGUGUAGUUGGCCCUCGGUAUCCACUCUAUCACUGUUUCGAGCGAAAUAAGCCGGCGUAGCAAGAGAGUCUCCAAAUUGUGCGAACAAUGGGGGUAGAAACGAUAUAAGUCAUGAUUUGAUAAUAUGAAAAUAAGCAAAGGCUAACCUUAACCCUUGUAGCUAUGAUGGCAAUGACAUAUGGAGCUGAAAUCUUUGGGGAACUAAGCUUCAUAGCUAGCAUUGGACAAUUUUGGGUGUUACCCUUCGUGAGCUACCUCUAUGCCCAAGACAUCAACCAAAUUGAUAAAUGGGACGCUUUCGGAGUCAUGACAGCUUUUCUGAGUUAUCCAUCUGGUACACUUCCCCUUGUUCCUCACUGGAGAUGUUAUUAUGCUCACCACAAACUCUCCAGCACAUCCACUUCAAACAGCAUGGACUAGUCGGAAUGCCAACGGUGUCAGUUCCCGCACCAUCUCCGCUGCGUUAUACAAUAUGUUCCAUCAAGCCUCUGGAAUCAUCUCGGCAAAUAUUUAUCGUAAAGAUGAUGCACCUCGAUAUAGAAGGGGGAACAGAGUAUUGCUUUCCCUAUGUGUGGUCAACAUUGGUUUGUAUACGUUUACGAAGGUUUACUACGUUAUGAGGAAUCGAUCGAGAGAGAAGAAGUGGAAUGCGUUAGGCGAGGAAGGACGACUGAAUUAUCUCGCUACGACGAAGGACGAAGGAAAUAAGAGGUUGGAUUUUAGAUUUGCGCACUGAACGAGAAGAUUAGUUGGAGCGUGGAAUGCCGUCGAGGCUACUUGUGAUGAAAUUAAAUGUAUGGCCACGAUCAGCUACAUGUAGGCUUUCACUGUUUUGGCACCCAAGGCGUUGCGGAACUUUGUUGGAUUCAUUAUUUAUUAACUUCCCAAAAUCCUUCUACCGAUGAAGUGACUGAUUAUUUCUCAGUGAAAAUAAUGCAGUAUACUCAUAGUCCACCAAGACGAGUGCCUGCUUCUUGUCUUGUCGUUUGCAACUCCGACAUUGGCCCUCAAAACCCACCUAUCCGUCCAUAUUUCCUUGACUAGAGUGACUUUGAAUGCCGCACCAGUCAUGUUCUUGACAUCUUCCAUCUCCAACCGUCGUAGAGGUAUCAAUACUAUUCCUCAGCGUACGACUAUUGCUUGUCCCGCUAUAAAUCGGCUCCAUUGCGUACGCAUAUCUACCGCGGGGCAUAACCAACACGCUACUACCA